AUGCACCCACAAGUAUUUUUUAUUGUUGUCCAUCAAUCUGUGGUGAUGACAUUGGCAACACUUGGAAAUCUAUUCCUUAUUUUUGUAAUUUUUCGUGGUAAUCAUGCAAUACGACGUCGAAUAUCUCCGGUACAGUUACUUCUACUUCAUACAUGUGCAGCCGAUUUGCUAUUUGCUAUACUCACAUUAGGGACCGAGAUAUUAACACUGGUCUCGUAUCCAAAAUUUCGAGGCUCAGAUUGGGCUUGUAAGGCGAUGCGAUAUGCUCAAGUGUUUCCGCUGUACGCCAGCCCUUUUCUCCUAGUUGCUAUCAGCGCUGACCGUUAUCAGGCAAUAUGUCGCCCAUUGGCGAAUAUUCGUUCGUCCCGUUUUCGGCGACCGAACUGUUUUGCAGCUGUUGCCUGGAUACUUGCUCUUCUCUUUUCAAUACCACAGCUGUUAAUUUGGGAGAAAAAGAGAAACGGUGAAUGUGCGACAUUUUAUGGAAACAAGUCACAUUUGCUCAAAAAUCUCUAUGUCAUUGGAUUUAAUACAAUUGCUUGGCUCCUGCCAUCCAUAUUCGCUGCAUUUUUCUAUUAUCGUGUAUGUAAAGCAGUAUGGAUGUCUCGCUCAAAAGCUGCUACAUUACAAGAAGCGAACAAGAUGGAACCGAAAAAAAGUGACGUCACGCAAGACUACAUCGAUCGAUUACGAAAAAAAUCCUGCGGACAUCGACGUCAAAAUUCGGAAUUCGAUAGGAAACGAGUGCAAACAGUGAGGUUGACAAUGACAAUUAUUGCUACAAAUUUUUUUUUAUGGAUGCCGUUCUGUGUAGUUAAUAUGAUCCAGGCUGUCAAACCUGAUGCCCUAAGUCCCAGCCUGAGUAUAUACGUCAUGAUCCUGGGAAAUUUAAACUCAUGCGUGAACCCAUGGGUUUAUAUACUUUUCAAUCGAUCUCAAGCUGUAAAAGCGUUGUGUGCUCGUGGACCGUUGGGAUACAGUUCACAUCGAAGCGAGACCGAUAUGUUAUCGUCUAGUCGUCGAUCCGAGUGUAAAGCAUCAGUUGGGAAUUCCUUCUCACCUCCUACAUCAAACAUGAAAGUAAAAGUUCAUCGCAAUGUCUCAUUCCAACUUCCACUAAAACAACAGUCGUUUAGGGAAAGUUCAGGGAAUAGUGUCCUACUAAGAAAACGCAUCCCAUCUUCAAUGUAUACAAGAGAGACAAAAUCAACCAAAUCGAAGACAACUGCCACAAAUGGAUAUCAAAACGUUAUGUCAGUUGUCCCCUCUCAAUCCUCAUCAACACCUCAUCUACCGAUGGGUACACAAUCAACGCUUUGCAUAUCGCUUCAUUUUGUCUAA